AUGCGGCAGCACUCUCUGUACGCGUCGAUGCAAUGCGUCGUCCACCCUACAGAGCUCGAGGCGGUCGAGCUGGUCGCACUUGAGUCGUGUCUCCGGGACGGAGGUGCCACGCUGCUGACUGACGCCAGCGCUGCUACCGGCAGCGCCGUGACACAUAUCGUUUGCCAUCCAAAGUCCUAUGAGACGUUUGUGGAGCAGCGGAACGAGCGCUUUGUGGCUCUGGUGCGGCCCGAGUGGGUCUUCCGGACGUUCUUGCUACAGCAGCUGCUCCCCGUGGACCGCUUUAGCCCGAACCCGGCGCUCAUCUUCUCCACGCUCGCGAUUUCAGCUGGAACAAUGGAGAAAGACCCGCGGAAGGUCAUGAAUGGACUCAUUUCGCAUUAUGGCGGGCAGAUUGUUGACCACAACGACGUCGCUCGAGGAGCGACGCAUAUUUUGUAUCGAGACGAGAGCAGUGACGAUGCUGCGAUGGUGGAACCUGAAGCAGAGCAGGAGGGAGACGAGAAACUACUCCAGGUUCACUUUUCGAAAACUGAUCUAGGUCGGAGUGUUGACGCCUGGCGUCAGCAUUUGUCGUCGCAGUCACUAGACUCGACGUUCUCGCUGCCUAGUUGUGUUGUUGCCUACAUGGGACAACAUGCUGGACUGUCCAAGCAACAUCAUGUCAAGUAUACGUGGAUUGAAGAUUGUGUGAUGCGACAGAGUCGCGUGCUAGAAGGUCCUUUUGAUCAUAGACCUACUGGAUCUUCUGCUGUAAAUGUGGACAAGAAGAAGCGCAACUGGAAGACGCAGCCGAAAGUGCAGCUAGAUGAUCUGAAUUUUGGUAAGUAUGCACAGGUGUAUCAGCAUGGGAAGACGGAACUCGGCACAGAACUCUCAGUCGUUCGCAAGCUAUCUAAUGAGAAACUGAAGGCGAUUAAAAAAGCGCUACAAGGUGCGAUUGUACUCCUCGCGCAGCAUAUAUCUCCAUUGCUACGACAAAAGCUGUCGGACAUGUUGAAGACAGUGGACGCCAAGGUAGCAAAUGUCCCGUUGGGUGACUCGUAUCAGGAAAUCGUAGGCAAAGUAGUCAUGAACGCGUCGUUUGUCGUUUGUCGAUACCGUGGCGGAUUUGAGUACAAUGAAGCCGUGCGUCAAGACAAGAAAGUGGUGAGCGUGUAUUGGGUUCUUGCAGGACUUGUGCAAGUGCGGAAGCCUACUUCGUUCAAUGAGGCGAUUCAGCGGCCAGUUCGCUCAUUUGGUGGUAUUCCCGGAAUGCAUUCUCAAGUUAUCACUUUAUCAGGGUACUCGAGUCAGUCCAGCCCAACACGCGAAGAAUUGCAGAUUGCUAUCCACGCCACCGGUGCAUGCUUACUUCCGGUGCUUUCCCGGACGCAUUCGACGCACCUCCUAUGCCACGAUGCCACCGGGGAGAAGUAUAAGAGAGCGCUGAGCUGGAGAUUCGACAAUGUCUUGAGCCACAAGUGGGUUUUCGCAUGCUUGUCAAAGUGGGGAGCAUGUUGCCGAAGAUGCGUUCCGGUACAACGUCAACAAGGAGCUGUCUGGAGAUACGGUCGGUACGGCAUUAGAUGGCGGUCCGAAGAAGAAGCCUGGCAGAAAUAA